CUAAUUAACUAGAAAUCUCGUGCAAAGACUGUUACUAAUUUUCCCCCAUUCUCUUUUAAAGCCACUUUGACCUCACUUUACUCCCAAGCAGAUUCAGAUUUCCAACACAACUUUUUUCACAUAAAUGCCCAAAUUCUUGCUCAAACAAAACCGAGAGUACUAUAUAUCUGCCUUUACUUGAGAUCUGAUCAUAUCCUUCAAUAAAGCAGCAAAGCAACAAUGAGAUCCAAAACAACCCAAUUCACAUGUACCUUCAAGGUAGCCCUUCUCAGCCUUGCGGUUUUCUGCCUCUUCAUCUUGGUAUUCAGGUCAUCCAUAUUCUCAUUGUCUCCUCAACUCACCUCACAAACCAACAUGUCAAGCUCAGACACAAUAGUACCAGUGUCACCACAAGAAACAGAAAAUGCAGGCACACCAUCAUCAUCAUCAUGCCCAAAUUCACCCCCCUUGAACCCCCCAUGCACCAAGGCCCCUCCAUCAUUAGCCAAUGCCAUCAUCCACUAUGCGACCGCCAACGUCACGCCUCAGCAGACCCUCCACGAGAUAUCAGUCUCAGCAAGGGUACUUGAGAAGAAGUCUCCAUGCAACUUCCUUGUGUUCGGCCUUGGCCAUGACAGCCUCAUGUGGACAUCGCUAAAUUACGGCGGCCGGACGGUUUUCCUCGAGGAGGACAAGUCCUGGAUCGACCAAAUCCAGGAGAAGGUACCCUCUUUGGAGUCCUACCAUGUCAUGUACGACACACAGGUCCACCAGGCUGAAGAGCUCAUGAAAACUGGAAUGAAGGAGGAUUGCCAGAAGGUUACGGACCCGAGAUUCUCCAGGUGCCCUCUUGCACACAAGGGGCUCCCGAGUGAGGUUUAUGACAUUGAUUGGGACGUGAUCAUGGUGGAUGCACCCACCGGCUACUUCGAUGAGGCGCCAGGGAGGAUGAGUGCAAUCUACACUGCUGGCUUGAUUGCCCGGAACAAGGAACGCGGCCAAACCGAUGUUUUUGUGCAUGAUGUGGAUAGGAAAGUGGAGGACAUGUUCUCUAAGGCUUUUCUCUGUGAAGGGUAUUUCAAGGAGCAAGAAGGGAGGAUCAGGCACUUCAACAUUCCAAGCCACAGGUCUCGUUUGUGGAGGCCUUUUUGCCCAGAGUAGUUGAAGAACACAAUUUGCUCCCUUUAUUUCAUCUCACAUGAGCCAUUUAUUAUUGUUAUCAUCAAAACUUAUAUAAUUACUAUAUGAUAUGAUGUGUUGUGGACGUACUUCUAUUUUUUGCGAUUGAUAUUUGGAAUUCAUUCUGAUUUACACAAGUCAUUAAUGGCUCUGGAGAUGUCAUCAAUUCAGGGAGUUGCUUUGUUGGAACGAACAAUUGUUGCUUAUACCUGCCCCUGCUUGACCAUAGUCUGAUUCAAAAGUCUUUAUAUACUACUAUUAUUCCCCAGAAAUAAUGUAGCAAUUGAAAUCA